AUGAACGAGGAGAACCAGUUACUUGAGUCGCCCAGUCGGAUCUAUCGAGCACGCUGGUGGAUGCUUUUGUUGUCGUCUCUUCAUUUCCUUCACCAGAAUGUCGGCUUUAACACCUGGGGACCAAUAGCACAGUCAGUCAAAAGAGCAUUUGACUGGGAAGAUACCACUAUAGUUUUUAUUCUCAAUAUGGGUCGAGUGGGAAGCGUCCUUUACAUGUGCAUCGGAUCAUACGUGUUUGACAAAGCAGGUAUGCGUGAUUACCACGUGUCGUUAAAAAAACCCAAAUGUUUGUUUUUCAUUAAAAGACUUAUUACGAUCGGAGAGUUUCUAAACGGGUGUAAUGGAAUAACAGCAUUUGUAGCGCCACCUGUUAUAGCAGACAUGUGGUUUCCACCAGGAGAGAGAAUUACCGCAUCAGCCAUCAUGGUGCUAGCUGCAUAUCUUGGUGAAGGGCUGUCCAGUAUUAUUGGUCCCAAUGUAUUGGAGAAACCAAUUUACGCCAACGACAGUAUCCUGCAAAACUCAACAGUAACUACAGAGUCGACGACAGUUAUCAAUGGCGAGGAAAUUCUGGAUGGACUGAUGUCCUAUCUUUAUGUUCAGUGUGGAGUAUCGGUAGUGUUAUUCAUUAUGACCGUUGCUUACUAUCCUGAUAAACCGUCCUCGGCUCCUAGUACCUCUGCUGGAAUGUCCCGCCUUAGCUACGUGGAAUCCUUCCGGAAACUUGUCAGAAACAAGCAUCUGCUCUUACUGGUGCUGGUUUUCGGUGUAAUGAUCGGCGUCUACACGUCCUGGGUUCAAGUGAUAGACAUUGUAUACAACCCUAUCGGCGUUUCACAGCUUAGCGCUGGGUGGAUAGCUUUUUAUACUAUAAUCAUAGGCAGUAUACUUGGGUUCGUUAUAGCAAGGUUUUCUGAUAUAUUUAUGAAGCGACUCAAGCCAGUUCUGUUAGCUAUGUUUGUACUCACCAUAGUAACAUCCCUGUGGACGGCUUUGAUUGCUAAUGGAUUACUUCCGUAUACUAACUGGCAGUUGUAUGUAUCUGCCAUCGUGAGUGGUGCUAUGAUAAACGCCUCCUUCCCUCUGUGGUACGAGCUUAUUUGUGAAAUGUCCUUCCCUAUACCCGGUGGAAUCAUUAACGGAAUGUCUAACUUCGUCUUCCUCGUCUUCGCCAAUGUCUUCUUCGCUCUCAUGUAUAUUCCUGUACACGACCACCGAUGGAUGACGUGGACUAUGUUCGUUUGUUCCGUGAUUGGUUUUGUGACGUUGUUGUUGUUACCGGUGAAGUACAUUAGGACAGAUAUCGAUAUGGAGUCUAAGGAAGUGGAUGACAGUCACAGCAACAAGGCCGACAAUAUCAUGAUGGAAACCUGUUCUCAGGAAAACGUUAAGAAUGAAAAUGAAUAA